GCAAUUGUACGAGACUUUUCUGGUACAGAGUGGCCGAGGAGUCAGUCGAUUCUACCUCCGACUGUUCACUCUUGGCGAUUUGUUCAAUCUGAUUGGGUGUCUACUUGCCGACCAAUUACACACUCAAGUCUACUUGGGCUUCUGGUUCCUAGCGUUCGAUCUCGUGCUGAUGUGCCAGCUUACAUACUAUGACCGUGGAAAAGCUGACCUGCAGUACCAUCUGAUCGAUGCGAACAACCCGUCGAGCAUGAUCAUAACUCCGUCGCUCAGCAACAUUCUGAAUGCCUCGGACUACGGUUCCUACAACCAACACAAUCAGCCGAACAACAAUCGUCAUAACAGCGCCAACGCCAACACCAACAGAACGCGUGUAUAUGAGCAAAAUCAGUACUCGCACACUGGCGACGGCAUCUUAAGCGAUCAGAGCAACUCCAUGAGCGAUGCGCAUGCUUACCAAAUUAGCACAGCAACCUCAAUUCCACAACAGGUCUUUGACUCACCAGGAGAUGAUACAUCCUUACUUUCCUAUGGUUCGUCGUUUGGCGGCACACCAUAUGGGUAUUGCUCGCCCUCAGUAGGGUCGCGCAUACUCGAGAACAGCGAUCACAUCGCCAGUCGCUCCAAUAGCAUCUCUUCGCGAACAGGCAUGGACCAGAGUUUGUUCACGUUCUUCAACGAACGCACAAGAGAAAUCGAGUACGACCCAAUGCGACGGGCGAGUUUCCAUCGAUCCAGUAGCACUCUCACGCCGCAAAGGCAGAGUCAUGAUGAGAGUCACAUGGCAGAAUCGCGCGGCAAAAUUGCCAAUAGAGUGAAUCACAGACAACCAGGGGGGUCAGCGCGGACGUCUGAUUCUCCAGACACAGGCACUGUGCCCAAUGGUCAAGCACAAAAUAACUCUACUCGCCUGUUAUCGGUGGGCGUGGUUGCCGCUUUAUGCCUGACCGCGCUUGUAUACAGCAGCGAGAGCCAUGUAGGAAGUGCAGAUACUACGACGUUAAACAGAUUGCCAGGUCGCGUACUCAUGGGAACCGAUGGCAGCACGGCCAAUGUCUUGUAUGACGAAGACCUGGGCAUCCUAAACCUCCUGGGAGUUGGGUUUGGCAUAUUGAGUGCUACUGUGUACCUGUUCGCGCGGAUACCGCAAGUCGUCAGAAUAUGCCGCUACGGCGCUGUGCCUAUCACCGGCGUGGGUGCCUUUGUCAUGUGGUGCGGAAUCAUCGCCAAUGUCUGCUACGGUGCAUCCGUGGCCGUCUACUGCCUCAACUGGACGGAGUUUGCCAUCAGUAUACCCUGGCUGCUGGGCAGUUCGGGGUGUGUUCCGCUGGAUAUGGCCAUCUUCCUGUUGCCUGUAUGCUACCAUGUACCUCCACAAAAGAGCCAAAGGCCCCCACCACCCCCUAGCCCGAGCCUGGACAUAGCGUCAGUACAAGCGUUUCGCGAUAGUUUGAGAAAUUUGCACGCUUCAGAACAAUUAGCUCCAUAAUCAGAUACGUAUGUGAAUACGUACUGAGUACCUAGCAUAGCAGUGUGGGGUAUUGUGGGUUUGUUGGACACAAAUAUAUUCAUAAUCUGAUAAGAUAUGGCGACCUUAGUUGAUCUGCAAUAGCUACAUUCUCACAUUGUUUGCCGACAGAAUCAUGGCCUCUAUAAAGUGAGUACUCAGCCGGUGUCGCGAACAAUAGUACGACCUAUUGUAGCGUUAUUAGUGGUCCAUCGACCCAUAUGAACUGGGCAGGGCCGACAUAGGUUCUGAUGAGAGCAGCCCAGACGGCAGUAUCUGUGCGAUAUACAUGCUCUGUCUCUAUUGGUUCAGAAGCACUGCCCCACAGAUAGUCAGACCGUCACGUGCGCCUAUAUGUGUUGCCCGAGCACAAAGCGAUACAGCAGUGCACGCGUACUGGAGAUGUGCAUUGCAUUGAUAUGUCCAUGACAGUCGGUGUGCGCUGUGUGUAAACGUUUUCGGCAAGUCGGCGCUUUUCUAGCAAACCCACAAGCAGAAGCCUUGGACCGGCGCCCAAGGCUAAGCGAGAUGUAUCCAGUACCUGGUGUUUUAGCGUAGGCUCGUCACUCGUGAAGCGAUGUGUUGGUCGGAGCGUAGACAAUCCCUCGCAACUGAGCGUCCUGGUAUUCCUGUAUGGAAGUGGAAGGCCCAACAUGGCGCCUGUUUUUGUGACUGCGCCUUAGUUCAGCGGCACUCACAGAUAAGCACUGGUUGCUUGCCUUGUCCUUGUACUAUCUGUACGUUAAGCCCGAUUGCCCCUGAGAUCCUGCUCCUGCUGACAGUAGCCUUACUCGCUUCGCCAUCCGCGUCUUUAACAUGAACGAUAUCCCCGCACAUAGUUUCCGAUUCGGGGAUAGCCAAGCUUUCGUUGUAGGACAAUCUGGCAUCACUGUGUUGUCACAAACAUCCCUUCGUCCCAUUGUUCAUGAAUUGACGCGUGUGCCACGCUUUUGAAACGAGAGCUCGCACAGCACCCCCUUCUCCACAACUGCACAUGCGAUGUCGAUGAUGUGCGUACAACAAGCUGAGCAUGUUCCGGGAUGUAGCUGACCGGCUGUCUACGCUUCAACACAAUAAAGCUG